AUGGCGUCGUGCCUCGCAGGCAGCCAUUUUGGACCUGGCAGCCAAGAUUACAUUCCAGUCGCUGAAUUUUACGCAGACAAGUCAGUUUUUGUUACUGGCGGCACUGGCUUUAUGGGAAAGGUGCUGGUCGAGAAGUUGUUAAGAAGUUGUCCAAAAAUCAAGAAGAUAUACUUAUUGAUGCGGCCUAAACGCGGACAGGAUGUUGCAUCGCGGCUCACAGAACUCACACAGUCACCUUUAUUUGAAACACUCAGAAAAGAGCGGCCACAGGAGCUGAACAAGAUCGUACCUAUAGUUGGAGACAUCACAGAACCGGAACUAGGCAUCAGUCCAGCGGACCAAGCUAUGUUAUGUCAAAAGGUGUCGGUUGUGUUCCAUUCGGCCGCAACGGUAAAGUUCGACGAGAAAUUGAAGUUAUCCGUCACAAUCAACAUGCUGGGGACACAACAACUCGUGCAACUGUGCCAUCGCAUGUUAGGGCUUGAGGCACUAGUCCACGUGUCUACAGCCUACUGCAACUGCGAGAGGGAGAAGGUCGAAGAGAUAGUUUACGCGCCUCCAGCUCAUCCUGAACACGUCGUCACAUUAGUACAAACUCUACCUAAUGACCUAGUGGACAGAAUCACGCCAGAUUUAGUUGGAGACAGGCCUAAUACAUACACAUUUACAAAGGCUCUUGCUGAAGACAUGCUUAUUAAGGAAUGUGGAAAUUUGCCGGUGGCGAUCGUCAGACCCUCGAUAGUGCUCUCCUCAGUUCGAGAGCCUGUGAAGGGCUGGGUGGACAAUUGGAACGGGCCCAAUGGUAUCAUCGCAGCAGUUGGCAAAGGAAUCUUCCGCACUAUGUUAGGCAACGGGACCCGCGUUGCCGAUCUCGUGCCAGUCGACACAGUUAUUAACCUCAUGAUUGUUUGCGCGUGGAGGACACAUUUUAAAAGAGGAGAUGGUGUAGUGGUAUACAACUGCUGCACUGGCCAACAGAACCCAAUCACGUGGCAACGUUUUGUCAAGACCAGCUUCAAGUAUAUGAGGAAACAUCCGUUUAGAGAGGUCAUUUGGUAUCCUGGCGGGGAUAUUACUAGCAAUCGCAUGAAGCACAGCGCGUUGUCGCUUCUGCAGCACCGCCUUCCCGCACACGUCAUGGACCUCGUCUCCAGGGCGACUGGUAAAAAACCCAUGAUGGUGAGAGUCCAAAACAAACUAGAAAAAGCGUCCGGAUGUCUGGAAUAUUUCACGACUCGCCAAUGGGCGUUUUCGGAUGACAACGUACAGGCGUUAUGCGGAUGCCUGUCUGCCGAAGACCGCGCCACCUUCGACUUCGACGUCACCAACAUAGACUGGGACGCCUACAUCGAAUCCUACGUUCUCGGCAUCAGGAGGUUCCUGUUCAAGGAGAGCCCAAACACGCUGCCCAAAUCGCGGACGAUCCUUAGGAGGUUACAAAUAGUGCAUAUUAUUACACAAGUGGCUAGCGUGUUGUUCGUUUGGAGAUUUCUGUUCAGUCGUUCCAACGCGUUGCGGAAUAUUUGGCGUCGCCUUGUGGACUUAUUAACAAGAACCGCACGCCUUCUAGCUAUCGCCUGA